AUGCUCCGAGGGAUAACAGGCCCUAGACAUGACCCUGGGCAGCUGCUGGAGUCCCUCCGAGUGUUUUUGAGACGUCUCAAAAAGCCAGCCCUUUCAGUGGUGCGGGCGGAGCGGUCGCGGGUGAUCCAGCACCCCUCUGUCAGCAAAACAAUUUGCCUUCCCUUCUGCCCACUUCUGCAUCUUUUGCGCGUUUCACGGCUGCAUGAGUGCAGGCGGAACGGAGACGUGCUGGUGUGGGUGAAGACCACAUACGACCGAGUGGCCUUCCACCGCUCCACAGACGACACCUCAUUCCAGAUGCUUCCAUACAGCCAGGCAUGGCACACCAUGGCGCAUCGAGCCAUGGCCCACCUGCCCCCCCGGUACAUUGCGGUGCACUACCGCUCUAAGUUCAUUGCCUUCCACCUCGUGAGUUCAUCGCCUUCCGCCUCGCGAUCAAUUCAUUCUCGUUCAUUUUCUCACUUCCGCCUCGCGAGUUCAUCGCCUUCCGCCUCGCGAGUUCAUCGCCUUCCGCCUCGCGAGUUCAUUGCCUUCCGCCUCGCGAGUUCAUCGCAUUCUGCCUCGCGAGUUCAUCGCCUUCCGCCUCGCGAGUUCAUCGCCUUCCGCCUCGCGAGUUCAUCGCCUUCCGCCUCGCGAGUUCAUCGCCUUCCGCCUCGCGAGUUCAUCGCCUUCCGCCUCGCGAGUUCAUCGCCUUCCGCCUCGCGAGUUCAUCGCCUUCCGCCUCGCGAGUUCAUCGCCUUCCGCCUCGCGAGUUCAUCGCCUUCCGCCUCGCGAGUUCAUCGCCUUCCGCCUCGCGAGUUCAUCGCCUUCCGCCUCGCGAGUUCAUCGCCUUCCGCCUCGCGAGUUCAUCGCCUUCCGCCUCGUGAGUUCAUCGCCUUCCGCCUCGCGAGUUCAUCGCCUUCCGCCUCGCGAGUUCAUCGCCUUCCGCCUCGCGAGUUCAUCGCCUUCCGCCUCGCGAGUUCAUCGCCUUCCGCCUCGCGAGUUCAUCGCCUUCCGCCUCGCGAGUUCAUCGCCUUCCGCCUCGCGCACAAGCUAGUGCAAAGAGGCUUCAAGGUGGAGGCGGGCGUGCUGGAGGAGCUCAUGGCGGGGUGCAUGGAGGCGGCGCGCGACCUCAUCAACGGCAUGAAGGGCCGCCACAACAUCUCCGCCGUCUUCAUCGUCGCCGACGUGCCAUUUGAUGACAAGGCGGGCAGCGUGGUGCGGUCGGACUCAUGGAAAAUGACCACGUGGAUGUUCCAAGGGCAAGCGCGCGUACUCAAGGCCCCGCGGGAGAAGCUGCGGUGGCUGAGGGAGUUGGUGGCGGGGACUGUGAUGGUGGAUGAGCUGAUGCCCGCAAUCAACCACUAUGACCCUGGUCAGUGCACACUGCCUCACUGGCUGGCUGCUUAG